AUGGCGUCGCGCUUCACCGUUGGAGUGAUGCUGGCUGCUACAAUUGCUGUCGCAGCAGCUACUUUUGGCACGGAACAUGUGCACAUAAAAAUUCAUCUUCCAGUGGAGGAGAAGCAUCACGAUGAUCACCACGGUGGUGGAGGCGGAGGUGAUCACAUAGUGAUAACGAGUCCGGGAGGUGGCGGUCACGGCGGUGGACACGGAGGGGGUGGCGGUGGCUUCGGGUCAAGUGGAAGUGGCGGCUACAGUUCCGGAGGUCCCGGGGACGAUCACGGCCACGGCUCCAGUGAUUUCGGGGGUGGGUUCGGCGGGGGCUUCGGCGGAGGUCACGGGGACGAUCACGGAAGUGGCGGCUUCGGGUCUGGGGGGUACGGUGGCGGCGGUCACGGAGGCGAUCACGGAAGCGGAGGCUUCGGGUCGGGGGGGUACGGUGGCGGCGGUCACGGAGGCGAUCACGGAAGCGGAGGCUUCGGGUCGGGGGGCUUCGGAAGCUCUGGACACGGGGGGGAUCUCUCGUCAAGCUAUGGACCGCCCUCCUCGAACUACGGACCUCCCGCUGUCGGCCAUGGGGGAUCGGGUGGCGGUCAUGGGUCGCCUUCCUCGAGCUACGGACCCCCGGGUCAUGGAGGGUCCGGUUUGAGUCACAGAUCGCCUUCCUCGAACUACGGACCGCCACCGAGCUACAGUGGUCCCUCCAGCCACGGAAGUGACUCCUCAUCAGGAUUUGGGAGCAGCGGCCACGGCGGUGGCUUUGGCGGUGGCUUUGGCGGUCACGGAGGUAGUUUCGCAGGUGCGUCAGCUCACGCGAGUAGCGGCAGCUACUCGCCAGGCCCCGGUCUAGGUUCCUACGCCUCUAGCGGAGCUGACGCUCACGGCUCAGGCCACGGAUCAUUCGGCGGCUCCGGUGGCGGUUCCUACUCCUCCGGCGGUCACGGCGGCGGUUUCGGCGGUGACUCCUACUCCUCUGGCGGUCACGGCGGCGGUUUUGGCGGCGAUUCCUACUCCUCUGGCGGUCACGGCGGCGGUUUCGGCGGUGACUCGUACUCCUCUGGCGGUCACGGCGGCAAUCAGGGGGGAUUCACUGGCUAUCACAAAAAGUAA